AUGCCUGCCUCCCCGCUCUUCUCAGCCAACAGCAGCAUUGCACUUGGCUCUUCAGCUGCUUGCCUCCAGAAAGUGGGCUCCCAUCUGGAAUCGCGGCGACAUGGCGAUUGCGGCUGGCCGAGCCUCCUCACGGUGCUAGGCCCCUCGGCGCUCACGCAGGCUCCUCUGAAGCCAACACCCCCCUCCGCCCCCACCCUGGACUCCUCUCCUCACCGCAUCUGGCGAGCAGACCACGUGCUUCGGUGCCCAGCCCCACUUCAGGGCAGAGAAAUAAAGCGCGAGGUGUCGAGGCCGGCAGAGGACGGGCUGUCUGUGUGUGUGUCUCCGGGAGCGGCUGGCUGCCGCCGUCGCAUCUUCCGGGGCAGCUCCGCGGUGCUCAUCUCUGAAUCCGUGCCUGUGGAAGUCAGGGCUGCGCUCCGGCGGACGCGGCGCACUGGCCGUUGGCCGCCCCUCUUCCGCCACCCGGGUCGGGUUCCUGUGGAGACGAUGCAGUUCUCGUUCCCGCGGCAGGCGGCGCUGUCUCCGGAGGCUCGGGCGCGGCCCGCCCCCGCGCUCCCGCCGGCCAGUGCGCAGGCGCGGCUUUGCGGAUUGGCCAUGAAGGAGGCGCUGGUGGACACGCUCACCGGGAUUCUGUCCCCGGUGCAGGACGUGCGGGCGGCCGCUGAGGAGCAGAUUAAGGUGCUGGAGGUGACGGAGGAAUUCGGUGUCCACCUGGCAGAGUUGACCGUCGAUCCCCAGGGGGCACUGGCGAUCCGUCAGCUGGCCUCAGUUGUCCUGAAACAGUACGUGGAGACUCACUGGUGUGCCCAGUCGGAGAAGUUCAGGCCUCCUGAGACCACAGAAAGGGCAAAGAUCGUCAUCCGGGAGCUGUUGCCCAACGGCCUGAGGGAGUCCAUAAGCAAGGUGCGCUCCAGCGUGGCCUAUGCGGUGUCGGCCAUUGCGCACUGGGACUGGCCCGAGGCCUGGCCGCAGCUCUUCAACCUGCUCAUGGAGAUGCUGGUGAGCGGAGACGUGAACGCCGUCCAUGGUGCCAUGCGGGUGCUGACAGAAUUCACUCGAGAAGUCACUGACACACAGAUGCCGCUGGUUGCACCCGUCAUCCUCCCAGAGAUGUACAAGAUCUUCACCAUGGCUGAGGUGUACGGGAUCCGAACCCGCUCCCGAGCCGUGGAGAUCUUCACCACCUGCGCCCACAUGAUCUGCAACAUGGAGGAGCUGGAGAAGGGCGCAGCCAGAGUCCUGAUCUUGCCCGUGGUGCAGCGGUUCACAGAGGCCUUUGUCCAGGCCCUGCAGGUCCCAGAGGGCCCCACAUCCGACAGUGGGCUCAAGAUGGAGGUCCUGAAGGCAGUGACAGCCCUGGUGAAAAACUUCCCAAAGCACAUGGUGUCCUCCAUGCAGCAAAUUCUGCCCAUUGUGUGGAACACCCUCACUGAAAGUGCAGCUUUUUAUGUGAGGACAGAAGUCAAUUACACAGAGGAAGUAGAGGACCCUGUGGAUUCCGAUGGUGAAGUCCUGGGCUUUGAAAACCUCGUGUUCAGCAUUUUUGAGUUUGUCCACGCUCUCCUGGAAAACAGCAAAUUCAAAAGCACCGUCAGGAAGGCCUUGCCUGAGUUGAUUUACUACAUCAUCCUCUACAUGCAGAUCACUGAGGAGCAGAUCAAAGUGUGGACUGCCAACCCCCAGCAGUUUGUAGAAGAUGAGGAUGACGAUACCUUCUCCUACACCGUCAGGAUCGCAGCCCAGGACCUGCUGCUGGCUGUGGCCUCUGAUUUCCAGAAUGAGAGCGCAGCUGCCCUGGCCGCCGCGGCCGCCCGGCACUUACAGGAGGCUGAGCAGACCAAGAGCAGCGGUGCCGAGCACUGGUGGAAGGUCCACGAGGCCUGCAUGCUGGCCCUCGGCUCAGUGAAGUCCAUCAUCACUGACAGCGUGAAGAGUGGCAGGAUCCCCUUCGACAUGCACGGCUUCCUGACCGGUGUCGUCCUUGCAGACCUCAACCUCUCAGUGUCGCCUUUCCUCCUGGGCCGGGCCCUCUGGGCUGCCAGUCGUUUCACUGUUGCUAUGUCCCCUGAAUUGAUCCAGCAGUUUCUUCAGGCAACAGUCAGUGGUCUUCAUGAGACACAACCCCCGUCAGUCCGCAUCUCCGCAGUGAGAGCCAUCUGGGGCUACUGCGACCAGCUGAAAGUCUCGGAGAGCACAGCCGUGCUGCGGCCCUUCCUGCCCAGCGUCCUGGACGGCCUGGUCCACCUCGCGGCCCAGUUCAGCUCCGAGGUCCUCAACCUGGUGAUGGAGACCCUGUGCGUCGUCUGCACGGUGGACCCCGCGUUCACAGCGAGCGUGGAGAGCAAGAUCUGCCCCUUCACCAUCGCCAUCUUCCUGAAGUACAGCAAUGACCCCGUGGUGGCCUCGCUGUCUCAGGACGUCUUCAAGGAGCUGUCCCAGAUCGAGGCCUGCCAGGGCCCCAUGCAGACGCGGCUGAUCCCCACCCUGGUCAGCAUCAUGCAGGCGCCUGCGGACAAGAUCCCCGCGGGGCUGUGUGCGACAGCCAUUGACAUCCUGACCACGGUGGUGCGGAACACGAAGCCCCCACUCUCGCAGCUGCUCAUCUGCCAGGCCUUCCCCGCCGUGGCCCAGUGCACCCUGCACACGGAUGACAACGCCACCAUGCAGAAUGGAGGCGAGUGCCUGCGGGCCUACGUGUCGGUGGCGCUGGAGCAGGUGGCACAGUGGCGCGAUGAGCAGGGCCACAGCGGGCUGUGGUACGUCAUGCGGGUGGUGAGCCAGCUGCUGGACCCCCGCACCUCUGAGUUCACUGCUGCCUUCGUGGGCCGCCUGGUGUCCACGCUCAUCGCCCGGGCGGGCCGGGAGCUGGGCGAGAGCCUGGACCAGAUCCUGCGCGCCGUCCUCAGCAAGAUGCAGCAGGCCGAGACGCUCAGCGUCAUGCAGUCCCUCAUCAUGGUGUUCGCACACCUGGUGCACACGCAGCUGGAGCCGCUGCUGGAGUUCCUGUGCAGCCUGCCCGGGCCCACCGGCAAGCCCGCCCUGGAGUUCGUGAUGGCCGAGUGGACCAGCCGGCAGCACCUGUUCUACGGGCAGUAUGAGGGCAAAGUCAGCUCCGUGGCACUGUGUAAGCUGCUGCAGCACGGCAUCACCGCCGACGACCGGCGGCUGCAGGACAUCCGCGUGAAGGGCGAGGAGCUCCACAGCCCCGACGAGGGCGUCCGCACCCGCUCCAAGUCGGCCAAGAACCCCGAGCGCUGGACCAACAUCCCUCUGCUGGUCAAGAUCCUGAAGCUCAUCAUCAACGAGCUGUCCAGCGUCAUGGAGGCCAACGCCGCCCGCCAGGCUGCCCCUGCUGAGUGGAGCCAAGGUGCCCCGUGCCCCACACACUCCCUGCCCACUGCUCUGGGGCUCACCUUGCAGGCCCGCGUGGGGCUGGCUUCCAGGGGCUGCCUGCUGCGGCACCGCCCUUCCCACCUGACUUCUCUCAGGAGCCUCUCAGCCUGUUCCCGCCCACCAGCACAGUCAGCUUUCAGUCAGACUUCCGGAUCUGCUCACCCCUGGUUCUCCCUGGGACUAGGGCUGCAGCGCAGAGACCCUCGGGGCCUUCUGUCCUGGCUGGUCUGGUGGGAGGGGAGGUGUGCGCCUGUGCANCCCCCUCCUCCCCCCGGUGCCCUCUGCUCCCACCUGGUUCCUCUCGCGUAUCUCACAGACUUCCUCUGCCAGUUUGCCCAGCAGCCCUGCUACGUGAUGUUUUCAGGCCACCUCAAUGACAGUGAGAGGAGGGUGCUGCAGACCAUCGGCAUCUGA